AUGUCCUCUGACUCUGGAGACGUAACUCCGGUUGCAUCAAGUCAAUCUUCUGGUUCACGCAGACCCGUCUAUAGGGUUGAAUCAACUGGUAACUUUUGGCAAGAUGCGCGAGAAGCUUUCAAGCGCAUAUCAAUAGCUGAUGACUUUCAACGUCUUGGUGAGAUGCCGUGUGCUCGAAACAGUCUUAUGAGUGGUAUCGCCAGUGGUGUUGGAGUAGGAGUCAUCCGUAUCAUGAGUGCUGGGAUUCUCGUCGGAUCACAUUGGGCAGUGGGGACUUUCAUGCUUGUUUCCUUGGGCACGUGGACUGUCUGCCAGAGGAAUAUCGAAGUAGAGCGACGUAAGUUCCAAAAAGUGGUCGAAGAAAUGCCGAAACGCUUUAUCAAGCAGAAAGACAAGGCGGCAGACGAAAGCGAGGCGAGCUGA